CAAAUCAAGUUUAUUGUCAUUUAGCUAUAUGCAUGUUUAUAAUGUAUAUAAGCAUAUAAUGUGUAUAGAAACAAGAUAAUGUUUCUUUGAACCAGGGUGUAAAGCACAUAGUACACAUAACACUCCAUAGCUUAUGAAAGUAAGGAUAAGAUCUACAGAUGAAUCACAAAUAAAAAAACUAAAGAGCAUUAAUGUUAAAUAAUUGUAAGGUACGGAAUAGAUGAACUAUUGACACUUUGAAUAUGAAGCAGCAGGGAGUUCAGAAGCCUAGCGACUUGGGAGAAGAACCUAUGCCCUCGUUUGCUAUGCCCUCAGUCAUCCACUUCUCCGUCCUCCACACCCCUGAAGUCCUUCAGCAUCCUGUAUCCUCCUUACAACGCACAGCUUCGUAUCACCAGGAAAUCCUCCGGAUAUACUUUAUUUGAUCUUCUCAUUCAAUUAUUGAUAAAGGCUGCAAACAGCUGAGGCAUCAGCUCCAAUCAGCACCCCACUAAUCACGGCCUCCAACAUAAAAACGGCGGAAUUACUCCUACUCUGUUUUCUGUUCAUUAAUCAAUCUUCCACCCAUGCCAGCAUAACCUCUAAUUUUGUUUAAUAAUCCAUACAGCGCAUUAUCAAAACUCUUCAGAAAGGACACAAACAUGCCAUCUGCUAAUCACCCAGAUAGUUACAAAUAGAUUUGUCACAUACUGUGUGAUUCUACCGUCAUAUGUCCACAUUGACCCUGCAUAAUCCUAUUACGCUUUUCAGAGCAUUUUAUUGCCACUAUGUUGGAAUCCCUCUGACCUGCAGUUCCCCAUUUUCACGCUCUUCGUUCUUAAAAAAAAUUGUGCCACAUUUGCAUGACCCACUGAGUUCCUCCAGAUUUUUGAGUGCUGGUUCAAAUUCCAGAAUCUACAGUUUCCUCUGUCUCAACCUUGAAGACCUGAAUGUUUGCUUCCCUUGUUCUAUGUCUUAUCAACUAUACACUUUGCUUUAUUUUAGAUUCACUGCCAUUAUAUUCCUCCACAUCACAUGUAUUCUCACAAUCCUGGAUUCCCUCUGGUCAGAACAACUGUCUUUAAUACCAGCUUUCAAAUGUAGCCCCAAAUUCUCCAGUCCCAUUACUGUCAUCAGCCACAUUUUAUUCCAAGAAGGUGAAUAAAAAUGUUAUUAAUAUUACAAUUGUAUAAUUUCCAAAAAUUAUAUUUGAUGUGAUUGUUAACCAUAUGGGCAUAUGCAUUUGAAGCAGGUGGCCACUCUGCCCCUCUAGACUGUUCUGCCUUUAAGAACAUGGCUGAUCAGGUUGUAACAUUAUACAUUGUACCACAUAUCCAGAUUCAGAUUAUGCCUGACCAGAGGUUUUCAUCCCAGUAAACAAAGGUGAUUCUUAAUGGUUUUCCUUGAUCAGUUUUUGCUUAUUUUUAACUAACAGCAUUUAAUGUUCAGGUUGGAAUUUCUAUACAUUUAUUGGGCUGCUGUGAAAUGGAUCUCUUCAAAUUCUGUCAGGGGAGUGGAAAGGCUACCUCAGAAACGUGUUCUGCAGUUUCCACAGUGAUUAUGUGCACCUCACUGGAGAAACAGGGAGUUAGUGUGGGAAAGACAUCAGCAAAGCUUAAUGCACAACAUUUCUGACAUUGCAGUUAGGAGGUUCACAACCCAACGGGAGCUAAAGCAGAAUGAAGUGCCAAGGAUAAGAUGUAGAAACUUUCUGCAGACAGCCAACCCUCCUCACCUUCUCUUCUGCACACAACCUUCCCUCUCCCAACACACAUCCACCUCCUGACAAUCAUUUGAUGCAUCUGAGCCAGAACUCAACAGUUCAGAAAAUGAAGAAGAAUGUCAUUAAAAUCCACCAGAUACUGAAAGCGCUGGAGAGUGUGACUGUGGAAGGGUAGUAGGAGGGGCUGGGAUCUCAGCCUUAGAAAUCAAGAGACAUCCCUUUAGAACUAAGAGGAGGAGGAAUUUCUUCAACCAGAAGGUGGUGAAUCUGUGAGAAUUCAUUGUCUCAGGGUGCAGUGGCAGCAGCAACCAAAUCAUUGGAUGUAUUCAGGACAUAAAUUGAUAGGUUUUUGAUUGGUAAGGGGGUUAAGGACUAUUGUGAGAAUGUGACAGAAAAAUCAUCUGUCAUUGAAUUGUGGGGUGAUUCCAGGCCAGGUGGCGUAAUUCUGCUCCUAGUCUCACCACGUCUCCAAUACACCUCACACCCCACGCCCUCCUGACACUCCUCACCUCUCUUGACCCAUCUCACUAUACCCCUAGCGCGCCAUCUUCCCCCUUGAAAAACCACACCCUCUCCCGAUAGACCUCAUACCUCGCCCCCCCCCCCCAUGUUUACCGCACACAAUACACCUUCGGCCAUAUCCGUCCCCGUUCGAGUUAAUUAGUUAUUAUCGCGGUCAGUUGAUGGCAUCUGUUCACCUUGAUUAACAGCUAAAUGUAACAUUGAGGUUAUUUUCCUCCUCGGCUGCCUCGGUGUGAGGUUGCCGGACCUCUGACCCACGGAAUUUUGUUUUACGUUCGGCUUUUAAAAAUCGCGAGUUUUCCCUUUUUGGAGUGCCUAUUAAGUGCUAAAAGCUGUUGUCAAAAGACAAGGCUCCGAUGCCGAAACGACCGAGUCAGCAGCACUCCUCAUAGCUGCCUUCUGAUAAAAGUGCAGAGAAAUAUUAUCUGGAGGGAAACGGUGCAAACAUAUUCGUAGUGGGUGUCUGAGCGUGUGCAGUUCAGCGCUACAGACUGGAUUGUCACAGCGGGAUUACCGGGGUCAGGAACGGAGUAAAACUGAAUCUUAGUAAUGUCAGCAACCGGGUUACUAACUCGUGAAUCUCGGUAGAAAGAAGAUGAACGUUCGGUUACAUUCUGCUCUCCUUUUAUGCACAUACAGUGAUGGCUUCUGCUGCAAAGCGGUGCGUCGGAGCUACCUGCUGUGACUGAAGCCUUUGGCAACAUGUUCAGCGUGGAGGACCUCCUGAUUUCUCAUGGCUAUCAACCCUCGAAGAGAAACGCAGGGGACAAGCCCCCGUCUUCGUCCUCCUCCGACAGUCUGGAACCCGGGGGCCACUCUGAAGUCAGGCGCAAGCCCGGGUGCGAAGGGGAGAGAGGCGGCGGCGGCGGCAGCAGCAGUAGCAGCGACAGCGGUGGUAGGCAGCGCCGAGUGGAGGACGACCUGAGUGACGGCGAGGGCAGGCAGGUCGGUGGCGGGUGCUGUCCUCAGGUGCACCGUCUGCUCCCGCCGUCGGCCGACGGGAGCCGGUUAAACAGUGGUCCUUCAUUACCCUGUUCAUCGAGGCCUAACUCGGGUAAAGAUGUCACCUACUGGAAACGAAGAGGACAAGACUUCAGUGUUUUAUUAAAUUAUACAAAUCGAGGAGAUUCAGAAGGAAGUAACAUGAUGAAAACUAAAACCAUUCCGAAAACCGAAAAACAAGAGAGAGGAUCACAAGAUCAACCGAUGAAGAACAAGCAGCAGGUGAUAGAAGCAAGUAGACCAGAUCAGCAAAAGAGUUGGAUAGCAGAAGGUCAGAGUAUGGUUGAGAGAGAGGUGUGCGAAGGCAAGUGGAGAGCUCCAAUGGAUCGUAAGUGCCAAAGCUUGGGGACUAAGGAAUGGAAGUCAACUUUAGGAAGACAUUUGUCUGACAGUGAUGGAAACGGGUUGAGACAAAAUAUGUUGCCCAAGAUGGUUAGUGAUGAAGUAUUUCAAAGAGAAGGAAUGGAAUAUGUUAAAAAAGGGAAGUCUCAGUCAUUGCCUCGGGUCCUUCCAGACAGCAAUGGCAAGGAAUUUCAGACAGGGCUCCAUUACAUAACAGCGUCUGGCUUUAAUAGAAGCAGACAGGAAAAUCAGUGUUCAAACAAUUUUCAUGCAUUGCAAAACAGCAGUUCUUACUGUAAUCCUCAAACAAGUUCAAAAUGGAGGGAAACUGUCAGGCAGAGUACUCCGUUUACUCAGCUGCCCAAAGCAAAGUUCAAUAGACCACUAAAACCUCCCUCCUACGAGCUGUAUCAGCAAACUAGGAGAAGUUCAGAGAUGAUCCCUAGUCUCCUUGUGCCUGAAACAAAUGAAGGGCAAGGUGUAUAUUUUGCCAAGGACACUGAAGUAGAUGCUGACCAUAAUAAUUGUCCCCAAGUUCUUGCUAGUGGCAACUUGGAGCCUCCUGUCUAUGUGCCUCCCCCAUCCUAUAAAACACCACCUCAUCAAAAAGUUGGUCAGAUAUGUUUUGAUAAAGUGCCUAGUUGUGACAACAAUACAUAUCAACUCUCUCAGUCAGCAAGGACUCAUGCAGAUCAGGCUCACUGGUGCUCAGAAAAUGAGGAGAGCAAUCAAACUGAUGAAAGACAAGCUUAUGUUGAUCAUGGUGCAAAGCAGCAUUUGCUACAGGACAAGAAUAUGAAUGAUGAAGUAGGUAAUGGUGUCCCUCAUCCUCGGGAAAACCAUAAUGCAUCGCAUAAUGGAUAUGCCGACGAUCAAAAGGCUUUUGUCAAGUACAUACCAUUUACUGAUCCUCGGAUUAGGCAUAUUACUGUAGUGCAAUCUGACAAGCAACUUGAAGGAAUGGAUUAUAAGCAAGUACAAUGGAAUGCAACAGACCAAAUUACAGACAGAAAUAAGAUGCUUGGGUCACCACACCAUCAUAGUGCCUUCUCUGUUCCAUCAGGGUCGCUUUACUCUACUCAGGCAGGCCUGAAGCCCAUAACUGAUCCUUCAUCCGCUAACAAAUGGUUGGUGACAUGCAAGCCAGAGAGUGAGAACAGCACAAAGUUGGACCAUUGUUACAAACCAUUUGUAGUUAGCCAGUGCGAGCCCUCUUCAAGGAUUAUUUCAACUACAAACCAUCCGGCACACUUUCCACAAUCAAGUACCAAAUCUGAAGGAAAACUGCAUGCAAACCAAUGUUCUACUGAAACAGUGACCCAGGUAAAGAAAUGGGAGCCAGAUUCUCAGUGUUUUGACAUGCAAGGAAAGAAACAGCCAAAACGAAGGAUGACAGAAACAAUAUUUUGCCUCGUGUCUGUUCCACUCAAUAAUUCCGAAGGAGGUUCAAAUGAAAAUGCCCUUAAUAGUGACAUAGGAAAUGGAAAUGUUGAAAAGUCUAUGAGUGAUAGCACUGGAAAUUUAACUGAACAAAGCUUUUUGAGCAUGUCCUCUUCUGACUUGGAGUUGCAAGCAUUGACUGGAAACAUGAUGACAGAAAAUGGGCUGAAGAAACUGGAGCCCUGGACUGAAGUCAGCAAUAAACGCGCAGUCGGCUAUAACUUUAACCAGCACAAAGUGUUAAGAGCCUCUGGCUCUUGGCCAGGUGACCAGUACAAAGAUCAGGAAACACAAACAAGUUUCAGUAAAGGCCCUCGCGCUACUCAAUCAUUCACCAGUGCCAUAAAAAAUGUUUCCAAGGGCAACCAGAGUCACAGGCAGAUCCACUCAGAAUCUGAAACUCUCUUAUUAAAGCAGGGAGAUAAAAUAAGUACAGGUGCUCCUGUCAUCCCUGACCAGAAACAGAAGCUCAGUAACCAUCCAAUACAUGGUCAGACAAGCUUGCAUCCAUCGAAAAACAGUGCUUUCUCAAGGACAACACCUACACAAUAUCAGGUAAUUAAAUCGCACAAAAAUCAGCUGGAAGGAGCCUCAAAAACCCCCUUUGAGAAAGGCAGAGACGUACAUGCAGAAGAGCAGGUGGAAGAGAGCCGAACCUGUCCCCAGACUUCAUCCAACAAUGGCAAAGCGUCUGUGGGCUUUGGUCAGUUUCUCCUGAAGCCGGUAAACCGGCGUCCUUGGGACGCAAUCAGUGAGCUGGAAAAUUUCAACAAAGAGAUUCAGGAACAGGAGGACCGGAACAAUCAGGCACCACAAAAGGUGGGUGAGCUUUCAACACCCCAGUCGAUAAGUUCGGACAUCGCCUUUCCAAGCACUCAAAUGCCUUCCUGUCACAACUCUGAGCAGUUUGUGCCUGAAAAACUAUUGGCCAAUAGAAAUGCACCCAAAGAAAACUUGGACUGUGGAAUUAAUAAACACCCCCUACGUUAUCCCAACGUUACCCUUGAGGUACAGAAACCAUUUCGCGUGUCUGCUGACAACAGCAAGCUGAGCAGCCAGCUGAGUAAUCCCCUCCAUAAACCUAUCAGCAAAACAACAGCAAAUACUAAAAGCAGCACAACAUUAAAUGUAUUUUCAGCAAAAAAUGCACAGUUCACUAAAUUAAACAAUGAAAAGAAUGUGGAGCACACCAAUUACAAAAGCCAACGCAUAAACAUCAAUGGUGUUAGUAAGCCUAUCUAUCAACUAAGUGAAAGAAAGGCUGGCGAGAUGAUUGAUGAAAAUUCAUUAGUCAGCAGUAAGGCUGCAGGUAAAAGAAAUGUGCCAGCUCCAGAAAAUGAAUGUAACGGCAUUACUAGGAAGAUGCUCUCCCAAUUUAACACCAAUGAGAUUUAUUCAGAAACUGAUCUGAGCUCUUUAAAUUCUUAUAAAAGCCCAAAACCACUCACUGACAACCUGGAUGAGCUCUUUGAACGGAAAACACUGAAAGGAAUUUCUAAAAAUGAAUCAUUUGAAGAAAGAGCUGCCAGGAUUUUAGGUAUUGACGUGGCAGUGGAAGCCUUGAUUUCCCCAACAAAGAAAGCUCAACAUGAAGAUGUAGGAGAAAAUGAGGCAAAGUCUUCCUCUGAAGAGGAGCUGGACAGUACCUGCAGUCAUAUGGCAAACAGUAAAUGUACUUCAGGAGAAGUACUGGGGCAUGGAAUGGGAAAAGGCUUGGAAUCUGACAAACAAUUGGAAUGGAAAGGCAGCCCAGUCUAUGGACCGUGGUUACCAAAUGGAAAUAAUGUGUUCCAGAAUAAAUUAUCCAAGCAUGUUACUGAAAGUAACAAAGAACUGCAGUUGGGGAAAAGGGCCAUCAUCAAUGAAAUUUUUCAUGAACCUUUCCAAGAGUUUUAUAACUGGGCUGACAAAAAUUGCUUCUUUGGCACCGAAAGCAAAACCAUCUCUCUAACAGGUCCAGAGAGGAAAGGUCGAAACACUACAGGAAUAAUCGAAGCCUUGCAAGGUAAGAUUGCAGCGUCUCCGAGCCGCACAGCUCUGGAUCGCUUGGCCCGUAUGAAAGAAGUGGACUCGGUUUCGCGCAUCAGGCGUCUCAGUAUAAAAAGUGCAGACUCUGGCGAUGAGCUUGAGGAGGAUAAAUGUUGCACAGAGCGAAGAGAUAAGGAAGGGCCUUGUGCACCAGUUCGAAAGGAAGACACACAUGCAACAAAGGAAAGAAUUGUAUUGUUAGAUCAGGAUUUUGAAUCUUUUGUGACUUCAAUCACAGCUGAUGCUGAGAGCAAAGAGGCUAGAGAUGCUUAUGAUCCCAGCAAGGUUGAGACGGUGUGAAAAAGGAGCAGGCAAGAGCAAGAAGCAGUCAGGACAAUGUUGUGGAUAUUACACUGUGUCGUUCACAAGUCUGCCUUUCAUCAAGUGCAAACAUCUGGAACACCUUCCACAUGUACGUUUAUAUUAACAAAUACAUUGAUAAAAUGCUGUGUCACUGCCAGGAAGAAAUUAACUGUAAACUUUCUCUUCAAUAUCACAACCCAGCACAUAAACACACAGUAUAAAUCCACCGAUAACUUGGCACAUGACCCACCUGCUGUGAGUCCACCAGGCAGAAGAUGCAGGAAGUGACGAGAGGCCACGUUGGUUCAGUAAGAGGUGAUCGGCUGAAGUUGUGGUUGAGGCAGAAUGAAGGCUCUCAAACGUGUGAUGCCUGAUCUGGAAACGCUAACACUGGACACCUGAAACGAAGGAACAUGCUACCCACAAGUUACCUGAAGAGCACAAGUUUUUUUUUAAAUCCGGUCUUCUACUUUGAGGUUCUAUGAACUGGACUUUAUAUCAACAAUCAGCAAUAUUACACUCAAAGUAUUGUGUUGGAUUUGCUUUCUCUCUGGUAGAGGCAUUUGAACAUGCACAAAUCAGCAUUUAGUUUUAUCUGAUUAUGUGAAGGAAAUGGAUCUUCCCAUCUACUGGAACUCUGAAUCUGGAUUUGUAAUAUUGGUCCAAUUAAGAAUGGACUGGUUCUUAAUGGGUUUAUGACAGAUCCAAGUUUCUGCGUAACAUUAGAAGAUUAACACACUUAGACUUCAAGUACAUGCCUGGACAGCUGUAGGGAGUAUACUGGCAAAAGAAGAGUGUGUACAGAAGUUACAGGGAUUUGGGAUCUAUAAUUCAGAAAGCAUUCAGCAACAUUAGGUCUGCUAUCCUAUCUUCUUUUGGAUAACAGAGUUCAUUUGUUCAUCAAUUAUUUUCCAAAGCUAGAUAUGUUGCACUAGCCGCAGAUAUUCCUGGAUUCCAUGGUCCCACUAGUGGGGACAAGUUCCAACCCUGCACUCCAAUGUGCCUGGGAUCCCUCUUGGAUAGCGGGAAUGAGAUAGGCACAGUGUCCCACUAAGGGAAACUCAUGAAUGGCAGUUAGAAAUUAAACAAUUGGCACAAAGUUACAACUGGAAAAGACAAAGGAAUACAGCACAUGGUGAGUGAUUUCAGUUUGAACUCACUUGUACAGGGCAUUAAAGAUCAGUCAAUUCCUGUAGCAACACUUGGCAAAGCAGAUCACGUGGCAUUCUUCAAUAGCACUGUUCUGUCUGCAGUUGGGAAAUGACAAGUAGAUUGAACACCUUCCCCCAGUCUCACUCCAAUCUCCCGUCUUCACUGCCAGUCCUAUGAGACUCCCGAUUUCCACUCACCAGAAAAAACAAGGAAAUUCAAAUGUCCAGUUGCAGCUAAUCAGAGUUCUCCCCCAUUUUCCAUUCCCCAAUGUGCAGUUCACACUGGAACACAUGGCCAUCGGUACACACUGGUCAUUGCCCAUUAAUUAACUCAGACGGUCGGUGUGGACGAGCUGUCAAAGGGCAUGUUUCCAUCUUUCUCCAUGACCUUCACUCUAACCGAAGAUCAGUUCUUAUCUUGCAGAAUUCGCAAUAGAGACUUAGGCACGCAAAUUAAUACUGGUCAUUAAUCAGGAAAUUAGCAUAACAGAAAAGAUGUGCUCAUUUACAUUUUGUAAAGUAUAUACUUCUGCUCAAUGUUAAUUUAAAUAUUUCUGACCUGUGGUGAUUGUCUGCCUACUGGGAAUUUUACAAUCAGUGCACCCAAAGUUUUGUAAGCACCAAUUGUUCGCUGUCGAUCUUAACAGUAAACUUUACAGUGAUGGAUGAUUCUGUGUGAAUCUCACAUCAGCCGCUGCCAUCCAGCGUCAUUACACAGCUGAGAUUGUAUAUCCAGCCUUUUCAUUGCAGGAAAUAAUGGGCAAUACAGAAAAUGGUAUUACUCAGACCAUUCAACCCAAUCUUGAAGAUUGCUGAUUUUAAUAUAGCUGAGAAAUGCUAUAAGAUCACUUGACAACACCACCUUGCAAUUCUAUAGCAUUUUUUAACAUACAUUGGGCUAUACGCGAAGGACAUGCUAGUGCCUUUCUGAAUUACUAUACAUUAAUGAAGAAAUGGCCUCAAAGAUUUUGCUUUAUAUAAAAUGUGUAUAUUUAUUUUAAUGUAUACAGUAUUACUAGAUUAGAACUAACAACAGGAUUAUUAAAUAUCUGGUAUUUUGAUUAUUCAUCAGCCUCUCCUCAUCCUCAGCGUAGUGAGAAAUUGCCAAUAAAUGCUGGCCUUUCUUGCAAAGGUCACAUCCUAAGAAGGAAUAGAACGAAUGUUAAAUUCUAUAAUGUCUACAUAAAAUUCCGCCAAUGGUCCUUGUGUUUGCACGUAAUUUACUUACCAGAGUGGAUUUUAUAAAAGCUGCCAGGGAGUGAGUGCAAAGGAAAUUGCCUUGUCCUUAUAUCAUGCCAAUGAACCAGAUCUUGUAAUCCUGCUGUUUUUAAUGGAAAAGCACAAAUAAAUAGUGUUUACAUUCUGACAGAGUGCCAUGAAGUAUACGUAUAUAAAAUCUUGAUAUUGGAUAUUUAUCAGUCAGUUAUCUGUUUAUGAAAGGGCACAGAGUCCUCUUAACGUUUCCAUAGGAUCAACAUUACAGUAUUCUAAGCUUGAGUAACUUGUACCAAUCACAAAACGCAAUUAAUUCUAAUGCAGAUGCCUGCUUCCUCUAGACAACAUAUUUGUUAUUUUUCUGACAUUUAAUGGAAUAACACUUCUGAAAGAACAAUUUAUGUUAUACGUUUAAACUUUAAAUGUCAUGCUAGUUUGAGGUCAGCUUUCUUUCUGAGCCUAUGGCUCACAGGCACUCUAAAGUUAAUCAAAAUUGACAGCAAGGCAAGUAGGCUUUCAGGUGACUUAAUAUAUAGAGAUAAAUUGUAUAGUUUAAUGCAUAUCUUUGUAUAUAGUAUGUAUAUUGGAAGCAUAUGAAGUGAUGGUUAAUAGAAGUUGAAUUAUAUCCAAUGACAAAAAGACUUCCAAAAUAAAAAUUGAUAUAAAUUCCUUGUACUUUGAUUGGUUGUCUCAGGUCCCAGAUUCCAUUUCAGGGAAGUCACUUUCACAGGAAUCCAGAAGUGAAACUAUAGAUGGAUCUAGAUAAUUAUUUAUUUACUAGAAAAUCUUAUAAAGUGAAGGUUCCUGUUCAUCAAAGGCCAGUGUAUUCACAGAUUAUAGUUUCGCCUGCAGGUGCUAAUCCACUUUAGGAAGUGUUGCACUUAAUCGAACACACUCUAAACUUAAAUGACUAUAUAUUCUCAUUAAUUGAGAGCGUGUUAAUGCUCUCAAUUUAUCAUCUCAAAUUGCACCUCACCACCACCACCACACUGAUAAUCUGGAGAUAAUUCAACCCUAUCUUAUAUAGCAAAAAAUGCUGUACAGGCGCACUUCAACUCUAAGGAGGUAAAAUCUGCAAUUGUGCCACAGAUUUUGUUUACUAUAAUUGGAAUGGACAAAUAUAAUCAUCUCUAUACUUUGCUAGGAUCCUGGUGACAAUACUGGGAAUGAAAUACUAGCUUGUGCAAAAAUCCAGAUUGUUAUACAAAAUGCCAAAUACAAUGUAGGAGCGAGACCGGAAACGUAUGUUUCAUAGAAUAGUCCUCUUCUCUCAUCAAAUGAAAUUCAGCUACACGUUAUCCGUGGCAUGGGUCUGAAAGAGGUGCUGGAUUAUUGUCAUUGCUUCCGGUGAUAUUAUUUGCACAGCAAAGAUUAGGUCUCCUUAUGAAUGCUUCAUGGAGAUGAUGUUAAUAUUAGUAGACAAGUGGUCUAAAGAAAUUAAACUGCAGUGUUUGUGUUGAGUAGAAGAUGCAUACAAGUAUCUCAGAAAAACUCACAUAUCUUAGAAGCUUUUCCAUUUUUUUUUGAAAAUAAAAACAGUUAUUUUUUAAACCAAGGUAUGUAUUUGUAUAGAAGCCAAGAUCUGUGGAGGAAAGCAAGAGGGAAUUUCCUUGUUUUCCCCUAAGAUCUGAAAUUAACUUCUAUUUAUCAGCUCAGUGUAAAUACUAAUUCACAGGCUGCAAUGUAUCUUCACUGGUGUAUAUUAUUCUAGGUUAUCCCUAAAUAAAAUAUA